CUUCGUUCCAGGAGCUCCACGGAGGCGGGCCGGGAUUCCCCUUCCCGGAAGGGAAGAGGCGCCAAACAGAACAGGAGAGGAAACUGCGGGAGAAUGUGGCGCGCAAAGUCAGCAGUGGUGCUAUGUAUGGAUGUUGGCUUUUCGAUGAGCCAUUCUGGUCAGGGAGAGGAGUCUCCUUUCGAACAAGCCAAGAAAGUGAUUACAGUGUUUGUCCAACGGCAGGUAUUUGCAGAGAGUAAAGAUGAAAUUUCCUUGGUUUUGUUUGGCACAGAGAACACAGCAAAUAGCCUUGCCAGUGAGGAUCAGUAUCAGCAUAUUGCUGUGCACAGACACCUGAUGAUGCCGGAUUUUGAUUUGUUGGAAGACAUACAAAAUGUGAUUCAGCCCACUUCUGAACAAGGCGACAUCCUAGAUGCUCUCAUUGUGAGUAUGGACUUGCUUCAAAGAGAGACAGUAGGGAAAAAAUACGAGAAGCUACACAUUGAGGUCUUUACUGACCUUGGCAGUCCCUUCAGUGAGGAUCAACUGGAUGUUAUCAUUGCUAACUUGAAGAAAACUGGGAUCUCGCUUCAGUUUUUUUUGCCGUUUCCAAUGAAUGACGAAGAUGGAAGCGGGGAUAAGACGGAUCGUGCUCAUUCUCAUAGGCCUCAAAACUCUUUUCCAAGAAAAGGGCUAUCAGAGCAGCAGAAAAAAGGCCUCCAAAUGGUGAGGAAGCUGAUGUUUGCACUAGACAAAGAAGAUGGACUGGAGGAGAUUUACACUUUCAGAGAGAGUCUGGAGCAGCUUUCAAUGUUUAAGAAGGUUGAACGGAGACCUAUGCCUUGGCCCUGCCAGCUUACAAUUGGUUCUAAACUAUCCAUAAGAAUUGUGGCUUAUAAAGCAUUCACUGAGGAGAGAACGAAAAAAUCCUGGAUGGUUGUAGAUGCCAAGACAUCAAAAAAAGAUGAUCUGCAAAAAGAAACAGUUUAUUGCUUAAAUGAUGACGACGAAACAGAGAUUCAGAAGGAGGAUGUUAUUCAAGGGUUUUGCUAUGGGAGUGAGAUCAUUCCUUUCUCUAAAGUGGAUGAGGAGCAGAUGAAAUACAAAACAGAUGGAAAAUGUUUUGCUGUCCUGGGGUUCACUAAAGCAUCUCAGGUCCUGAGGCAUCGCUACAUGGGGAAUCAGGUUCUGAAAGUCUUCACAGCAAAGGAUGAUGAGGCUGCAGCAGUUGCUCUUUCUUCCCUCAUCCAUGCUUUGGAUGAGUUGGAUAUGGUAGCCAUUGUGCGUUAUGUCUACGACAGAAGAUCCCAGCCACAGGUUGGAGCAGCCUUUCCAUUGAUCAAAAAUGAAUAUGAGUGCUUGGCAUAUGUACAGCUACCUUAUAUGGAAGAUUUGAGGCAAUACAUGUUUUCCUCCUUGAAGAAUAAUAAGAAAUGUGCACCAACAGAGGAUCAGUUGCUUGCAGUUGACUCUCUGAUUGAUUCCAUGAGUUUGGUUUAUGAAGAUGAGAAUGAAGAAACAGUUGAAGAUACAUUUAAAACCAGCAAAUUUCCAAAUCCUCAGUUUCAAAGAUUGUAUCAGUGCCUACAGCACAAGGCUUUCCAUCCAGAUGCCCCUUUGCCCCCUAUUGAAAAACACCUCUUAGACAUGUUGGAGGCACCUCAGGAAGUGAGAGAGAAAUGCCAGGCUCCUCUUGAAAAAGUGAAAUCGCUUUUUCCACUGAAGGAUGCAGGCAAGAUGAAAGAGCAGAAGACAGCUCAGCAUAUCUUCAAAGACAAUACUGAAGAUGGGCCCGGUAAUCAAGAAGUUAAAGUAGAAGAUGAUGAUGUUGGUUUCAGGAUUGCAGACCUUGCUGAGGGCAAUGUCACUGCAGUUGGAAGUGUUAAUCCAGUAGAAAAUUUCAGAGUGCUGGUGCGGCAGAAGAAUGCUGACUUCAAGGAAGUCAGUCAGCAGCUAAUAAAGCACAUUCACCAGUUUUUGGAAAACAGGGGCCAUUUAUACUAUUCGAAGAGCAUUGACUGCAUAAAAGUUCUCAGAGAUGAAGCAAUUAAGCUGUCAGAAGUUCAGUGCUUUAAUGAUUUUUUGGAGACUCUGAAAAAAAGGGUGGAAGAUAAAAACCUAACUGAUUUCUGGGAGAUUAUUGUACAAGAUAAAAUUUCCUUGAUUACCAAAGAAGAAUCUGGAGGAAGCUCAUUGACAGCUGAAGAUGCUAGAAAGUUUCUGGCUCCCAAAGAAAAGCCCAUGGAAGUUUCACCUGUAACGGAUGAAGGAGACGAUGUUGAUGAUCUUCUGGAUAUGAUUUGACUGAGAGAGUUGCUGAAACUGAAGAUGGAAAACAGGCAUGGACUAUGAAGUCCUCGGGAACAACGAAAUUGGCAGUGUGCUUUCAGUCUCUGUUGUCUGUUGGUCAUAAGGUUUGAGAAGAAAUACCAACACAACUGCCAAUAUCUUACUUAUCCAGCCUUUUUAAAUAUGGUGGAUCUAUAUUCUUCAAUACCACUGCACUUGUUGCAGUAUGUCAUCCCUAGAUCUAUACAUGAGAGGCUGUGAUUGUUCAGUUUAAUGUCCUCUUGAUGGAUCACAGACCUGCAGAGUUGGAAUUGUUUUUUAUGUGGCUAAAAAAUAUUCAGAUUAGUUAAUAGCCUCCCCCCCCCCUUCUCCAUAUCGCAACAAGGUUAUGUAUUAUUUGUUACUUUAAUUUUUCCUAAUGCAAUUUGGUCUCAAGAUUCAACUAGUUUUCAGUAUUCUUGAUGUUAAAUAGGGAAAUAAUUUAAGUCAUGUCUGCAAUUAAAUGUAAUAUUGUUAUACUACAUGUGAGAAACAGGAGAUAAAACAGAAAAUAAAAGCUGGAAUAUGGUUUAAAGAA